GACGCUCAGGGGCGGGCAUUUCCGAGCACCGUUGUUCCGGUUGCUGCUUUCUUAAACCCGCGCCUGACCCCUUCCUUCCAAGCCCCAGAGCCACUUCUUUGGCCGGCUGCACUAUGGCACGCCUGGCGCCUUUCACGUGUCUUCUCCUUCUCUUCUCCCACCUGAACCCGGGUGUGGCAGACACGCCGGCCAACUGCACCUUUGAAGACCUGCAAGGCAGCUGGCUCUUCCGAGUGACCCGGGCCCAGGGGGGUCCCUACCGGCACGUUAACUGCUCCGUUCCGGGACCUGUGGAAGAGGAAAUAACUGUGAACCUUCAAAAAUUUGAUGUUGCCCUGGACAGUAAAGGGAACUACGGCUUCUUCACGCUAAUUUACAACCAAGGCUUCGAGCUUGUGGUGAACAACUACAAGUGGUUUGCAUUUUUUAAGUAUAAAGUGGAAGGCUCCAAAGUAACCAGCUACUGCAAUGAAACUUUACCAGGAUGGGUCCAUGAUGUGCUCGGCCAUAACUGGGCAUGUUUCACUGCACAUAAGAUCUCCCCUUCUGCCUCCAGUGUUCGUGUAAAUCAGCUGCCUCUUGGGAAACAACACACAAAAUCUCUGCAGAAUGCCUAUGUCAACAAUUUCAACUUUGUGAAAGCCAUCAACAAUGCCCAGAAGUCAUGGACGGCAACAACCUAUAAGGAAUAUGAAGCCCUCACCUUAGAAGAUAUUGUUCGGAAAGCUGGUGGAUUGAGUUCCAGAGUUUCAAGGCCCAAGCCUGCUCCUCUGACAGUGGAUGUGAUCAAAGAAGCGUAUAGUCUGCCAAAAUCGUGGGACUGGAGGAAUGUGGAUGGUGUGAAUUAUGUCAGCCCAGUACGAAACCAAGCAUCCUGUGGCAGCUGCUAUGCCUUUGCCUCCAUGGGCAUGCUGGAAAGUAGGAUUCGGAUCCUCACUGGCAAUUCACAGACUCCAACGCUCAGCCCCCAAAAGGUUGUGUCCUGCAGUCAGUAUUCCCAAGGUUGUGAUGGAGGCUUUCCUUACCUAAUUGCUGGCAAAUACGCUCAGGAUUUUGGUGUGGUUGAAGAGGACUGCUUCCCUUACACAGCCACGGAUUCCCCUUGCAAUUUUAACCACAGCUGUUACCACUAUUAUGUGGCUGACUACUAUUAUGUUGGUGGGUUUUAUGGUGGGUGCAAUGAAGCUCUAAUGAAACUGGAACUUGUGAGGCAUGGACCCAUGGCCGUUGCAUUUGAAGUAUAUAAUGACUUCCUGCAUUACAAAGGGGGGAUCUAUCAUCACACGGGGCUGAUGGAUCCAUUCAAUCCUUUUGAAUUGACCAAUCACGCUGUCCUCCUGGUGGGUUAUGGUAGUGAUCCAGAGACCGGGGAGCCCUUCUGGAUAUGUAAGAACAGCUGGGGACCAGCUUGGGGUGAGCAGGGUUUCUUCAGGAUCCAUAGAGGCACGGAUGAAUGUGCAAUAGAAAGCAUAGCAGUGGCUUCCACCCCAAUUGCUCAAUAGAAAUUGGUAUGAAUUUCAUGUGAUACCUUCCCAGGAAGCAAGCGUCCAUCAUAAACAUGGAGCAAAUUAUGAUUGUAAUUCAAAGAAUUCAACUUCAGCUUUUUGCAGCUUUAAAGAAUCAGUUUUUCUCAAAGAAUUCAAGAGACAUGAAAUAUAUGGUGCAGGUUCAAAAGGAUAUUAAAGGCAGUGUGCUGUGGAAAGAGCUGUGGAUGAAGACCAUGUAGAUGUGAGUUCUAUAGGUGCUCAAGCAUAGCACUUGUGGGAUGAUCUUAGCCACUGUGAUUGAAGGUAAAUAUCACUCUUAACUUUUGCUGAACUGUGGUUUUGUGGGACAGCUUGAAAAGCCAUGGAUGGUAUGUGAUAGGUGCUAAUUAUAGUUUGGCAUUGUGACAAAUUAAAAUGACAUUGGUUCUAUCUCUUGAGGUUAUUAUCCAUGAAAGAAAAGGGCUUGGAAAUAAAGUAGAGUCUCGCUUAUCCAACCUUCACUCAUCCAACAUUCUGUAUUAUCCAACGCAGUCUACCUCCUGCCCGGAUCCACAGCUGUUUCAAUACAUUGCAAUGUUUUGGUGCUAAAUUCAUAAAUACAGUAAUUGCUACAUAACGUUACCAUGUAUUGAACUGCUUUUUCUGUCGAUUUGUUGUAAAUUUUGAUGUUUUGGUGCUUAAUUUGUAAAAUAAUAAUGUAAUUUUACAUUUAAUAGGCGUUUCCUUACUCCCUCCUUAUUAUCCAACAUUUUCACUUAUCCAAUGUUGUGCUGGCCCAUUUAUGUUGGAUAAGCGAGACUCUACUGUACAAUCAAGCAUAGUAUAUUUAAUAUCUGGACAUUCAGGCUAUCCUCAGCCAUGUUAGCACAAAUUAUGGUUUGGUGCACUUUGAACUGAACCUUUCUUCAAGAUUUACCUAACAUGGCUUGAUAAAAUAGAGCAAACCCAUGUUUAACUUUGUGAGUUUCAUCGAAGAGAUGCAAGGAACAGAACAGGUUAAAUGUUUACAAUCCAGCUGUAAAGUCUCCAAAUAGUUAUAAUAUGCAGUAAGUGUUGAUAUUCACUGACUUGUUCUCACUGGACAGUCUUUUCAUGCUUGACUUCUGCCAAAAAAUAUUUUUCACCUCAUAUUUUAAAAUUUGAAUUUACUGUGCCUUAAAGGGAAAAUGAAGAAAUUUGGAAGUAUAAUACAAAGCAACUGUAAUAGACAUGAUUAUAAUUGCACUGUGAGCUCUUUAAAAAGGGAAUCAGUCUCAGACUUGGGAUGUCAAUGUUCACCUGACAAUCAUUUCGUAUUAUCUUUCUAUUCUGAACCUGGCUUACUUCAUAUUCAAUUUUUGUAUGUGAUUCUGAAAUAAAAGAGAUCAUCCUC